AUGAACCAGCAAAGAGUCACCUAUGCAGAGCUGAAGCUGGCAAAGGUCUCAAAAAGGCCGCAAGUGAAACCUAAAGAGAGUAAAAGCUCCACUACUGGAACGGAGCAGGGAGUAACCUACGCAGAAUUAAGUCUUCACAAUGCUCGGGAUCCUCAGGAGAAUGGCAAGUCCUGUCACCUCAAAGGCUUAUCAGCACCUCCAGAGAAGUGCAUUGCUGGCAUCUUGGGAUUCAUCUGCCUUGUCUUGAUAAGCAUUAUUGUGCCAGUGUGGAUUAAAUUUACCCGUGGGUAA